UGCCCCUGUACCUCAUCCGAGGUGUCUCAUCUCAUCUCGUCUCGUCUCGUCUCCCUCGCGCGCGCAGUGGUGGCCGGGCGGGCUGAGGGGCGCGGACAACCCUUGCGGCUCUCCUCGCCCCUCCGUGGGGAUCUCCUCGUCUUGACGUGGACGCGGCGGUGCCUCCAGCAAGGAAAGAAGAAACCCCGGAAAAGCCCCUCUGAGCAUCUGCCAACAUCAGCACAAACAUGAGGCAUAAUCGAAGCAUCUCCCGUGUCUCUCCUGUGGUCACCACUGGGGUGAAGCCAGGGAACACGAGACCGUAUCACGCUGCCACCAAGGGCAUCGGAGCGCGUAGCAGAACGCGAAUCCCUGAGAGAGGGCACUCUGUAGCGGUGCCAAAAAGCACGCAGCGACCUCCGUUCCAUCUCCACCAAGAAGAACAGGAGGCUUUCUUCAACCUUCUGGAGGAUGACUUGGUACAAGAGUUCUUGUCAAUGGACAUAUGCUACAAGAUUUCAGAUAAGUAUCUUCUAGCCAUGGCACUGACAUACUUCAAGCGUGCUGGCCUGUGCACUACUGAAUACACCCGGAUGAACCUUUUCACAGCUCUGUACCUAGCUAAUGACAUGGAGGAAGACGAAGAGGAUUACAAGUAUGAGAUCUUUCCCUGGGCUCUGGGUGACAACUGGAGGCAGCUGUUCCCACAGUUCCUGAAACUGAGGGACAACUUCUGGGCGAAGAUGAACUACAGAGCCGUGGUCAGUCGGCGCUGCUGCGAUGAGAUAAUGUCCAAAGAGCCUUCCCACUGGGCCUGGUUGCGCGAACGACCCUUCCACCAUAGCGGGGCAAUGAGGAGUUACCUGAGGAACGAAAAGGACUUGUUUCCCCGGGGACCAGGUGUCACCCCUCCAAGCUGCCCCCUCUGCACUUGUGAGCUGAAUGAAGAGCAAAGCAGCCCCGAAAGCACACCUCCUGCUGCCGCCACGACCCUGUCAGAGAGCAGCCUGCUCCCCUUUGCUAGCGAGUGGUCUCAGGACUUGAUCCUUUCUCAGAAAGUGGUGCUGGAUCCUUAUAGCCUGCGGAUCCUGCAGGAGCCGGACGUCAUCGUGGAACCUGACGGCAGCAUCAUGGAUUGGCGAGCGGUGGGGUGACUGCUUCCUCCAGACCCACCCUCCUCUUCCUCCUGAGGAACCGCACGUGGCAUUGAACUUUGUUUUUCCGUUCUGCUGUUCAUGGAGCCAACUCCUUUCCCAAAGCACUUUAUAGACUCAUUCUGGCUGUGAACAGAAAGAAAAGAAAAGAAAAGAAAAAAAAAAAAAAAAAAAAAGGGGAAUACUUCAGUAUUUAAAAAAAAAAAAAAAAAAAAGAAUUGUUGAUGCAGCUGUUGAAACGUGCCUUAUGUGUGAUUGUGUAAUUGUCAAUGUAAUCGCUGGACAGGCUCAUAAUAAAGGUGUCCAGGGAAGAAAUAAGCUGCUAGUUUAGCUUCUGUUCCUGGAGAAUUCUGGUUAAUGAGUAUCAAGCGGAUCAGAGCUGGUGGAGCGUAGUGGUGGCUGACGGUGUCCAGGGUGGAUUUGUUCUCACUUUUUGAUGUGACAGUGGGGUGCAAAGAGAAGGUUUAGGGAUGUGGGUUUCUUUUAAGGGUUGCUAGCAGGUUUCUUUGAGUUGAGAACUUUCUAGGAUGCAAAGGGAGUUGAGCUGAUCUCUUUGGGCACAGUAGCACCUGUCCACACACAAAAAGACUUGAUGGGGCGGGGGAGGAUACAUUUGGGACUUCAGUAAGAACCACAACUACAGGCUGCUCACACCCAUGCCAGCACACUUUUCUCUAGUCCCGGGGUCAAUGCACAGUGUAAUGGGGCUGUUCCAGGCACUUCUGAUGGAUUUGGGGAGAACCGCAAGGGUUAAGGGGAACUUGCCAUGUCUGUUGGGACUAGGUGAAUGCUCUCUGCCGCUGUUCAUCUUUGAUCCGUAUCUGACGCAAGUAAAACAAAAC